GAUCAUUUUCACCUGCCUCUCUCUGCAACAGCAUCUCCCAUCUGACUGUUAAGUACCAAAGAAGCUUCCAGCACUACACCCAGCCUCUGGAACUCCCCUUCCUCCUGGACAGGCCUUUGGAAGGAUUCCCCAUUCUGUGCUGUGCAGUUCCAUUCCUGAUGCUCCAGAUCAGCUAGAAAUUGUGCUAUGCAGUUCCAGUCCUAAUGCUCCAGAUCAGCAAACUGCUGACCAAGUGAAGUCUUCAGUGGCCUCUGGACACAGCUCUGAGUUUGGAACCUUUAGGAAAUGCAUUUACCGCGCAGGAGGCGGCUACGGAGGAACCGAAUCCUUUUCUUGCUUGCCACAGUGUUGGUCCUUUCCUUCUACCAGCUCCAGUCCAGCCCCUCUGCCCUUCCAGCAUCACACAGAGCCCCCCAACCCACGGACCCUGCCCAAGUGACCUCCAGGGACCUCCCCAGCAACAAGACUGCUGUAAGAGGCAAUGGCACAGCACCCAAAAUAAGGCACUGCAUCUAUGUGGAUCCUGAGCCAGCCGUGCCCGUCACCACGUCAGUGGGCACAACACCACAGCAAGAGAACGCCAGUGAAAGCGCCCCAGAUGAAAAACCACCCUAUGAGUCCAAAGGAGAAUAUCCCCAGGACCUGUUCAGUGUGGAAGAACGCAGGCAAGGGUGGGUUGUACUUCACAUCUUUGGCAUGAUGUAUGUAUUUGUGGCCUUGGCCAUAGUAUGUGAUGAGUAUUUUGUUCCUGCUUUGGGAGUGAUCACUGAGAAGUUGGAGAUCUCUGAAGAUGUGGCUGGAGCCACCUUCAUGGCAGCAGGUGGAUCAGCACCAGAACUCUUUACGUCCCUCAUAGGUGUCUUCAUCUCACACAGCAAUGUCGGCAUCGGUACCAUUGUGGGCUCAGCAGUGUUUAAUAUCCUCUUUGUCAUUGGCACCUGUGCCCUCUUCUCGAGGCAGAUACUCCACCUGACAUGGUGGCCCUUAUUUAGAGACAUCACAUUCUACAUUGUAGACUUACUGAUGCUCAUCCUGUUUUUCCUAGACAGUGUCAUUGAUUGGUGGGAAAGCCUCCUUUUACUGACUGCCUAUGCCACAUACGUGUUCACCAUGAAACAUAACGUGUUCCUGGAGCAAUGGGUGAAGCAGGAGCUGAAAAAGAAGCUAAAUGCUGUGCAGGCAGCAUCAGCAGAGCAUAUGCGGAAGACAAGCAGGGCAGUUGUAGAUGAUGGAACAACGAAGCCACCAGAUGUGAGGAAGCUUCAGCCUGGGCCAGCCCUGCAGCGGGGCAGCAGCUCGGCCUCCCUGCACAACUCUCAGAUGCGCGGCACCAUCGUCCAGCUCAUGAUCCACACCCUGGACCCCCUGGCAGAAGCAAAAUUUAAAGACAGGGUUGACACCCUGAGCAAACUGGCCAAGGCCAAGGAUGAGACCCUGGAAGGACAAGGCUCCCAGCCAGAAGAGGGAAAGAAAGCACCAAGCAACGUCCAGGUGACUCCUGCCACUGAGUCUGAGCCCAGCAAGGACACACAGAAGGCAGAUGUGCCACAGGAUGGACAGCCCCCCCCGUCAAGCAGUGACACCUCAGACGACAGCAGCUCUGAGAGCCAGGAGGACAGUGACAGUGACAGCACAGAGAGUGAUGAAAACGAUGAGCCCUUGUCUCUGGAGUGGCCAGAAUCAAGGACAAAACAAGCAAUUUACCUCUUCCUCUUUCCCAUUGUCUUUCCUCUCUGGAGCACUCUGCCUGAUGUCAGAAACUCGGAAUCAAAAAAAUUCUUUGUCAUCACAUUUUUUGGAUCCAUCCUCUGGAUUGCUGCAUUCUCUUAUCUCAUGGUGUGGUGGGCUCACCAGGUUGGUGAGACAAUUGGGAUCUCAGAGGAGAUUAUGGGGUUAACCAUACUGGCAGCAGGCACAUCCAUCCCUGACCUCAUCACCAGUGUCAUCGUGGCCCGCAAGGGCCUGGGGGACAUGGCUGUGUCCAGCUCUGUGGGCAGCAACAUCUUCGACAUCACUGUUGGCCUACCAGUUCCCUGGUUCCUUUUUUCUAUCUUCAAUGGCCUCAGCCCUGUGGCAGUCAGCAGCAAUGGUUUGUUUUGUGCAAUUGUUCUCCUUUUCCUCAUGCUCCUGUUUGUGAUUAUCUCUAUUGCUAUCUGUAAAUGGAAAAUGAACAAAUUACUGGGGCUCACCAUGUUUGCUCUUUACUUUGUGUUUCUGAUCAUCAGUGUGAUGUUAGAGGACAAGAUAAUAUCCUGCCCAGUGUCUGUAUGACAUGUGGACACUUCAAGAUGUCUGUGAGGAUCCAGAAACAUCAAAAGGGGGUUGAGGUAGCAGUUGUUCUACUGAAAAAAAGCAACCAGAAUUGUAACAAACUUAUUGAAAAUAAGAUUCCUUUAACAUGCUAAAAAAUAAAUCAUCUUAACUGGUGUGUCAGCCUCUACUGUUUUUCUUUAGGAUCAGAACAGUAUUAAAUGACCAAUAUUAAAUAACACACACUUAGGCACUUGUGGAAAGGCUGAUGCAAUUUAGAUGCAUCAAAUUUUCACUAUGGCUGAUCCUCUCAAGGUAAAAGAGCUGAUUUUCACCACAUAAUAUUUACUCAUGAUAGGAAAUUUUCAGGAACACGCUCUAAAUUAGUCAGUGAAUUGCUCAAACUCACUGAAAUCAGUGAAUUUUCCUUCAGUGGGAAGAGAAUCAGACUGAUGGGGCUGGGCCUUUAUGGAACUGCUCUGCUUAAAAUCCCUGUGUGGAUUUUAAGCUCAGCAGAGAACUCCCUCAAACUGCACUGGGCUCCUUCCAGAUCUGUACCUGAUCUUGCAAUGCAGUGCCUACAACUCCUGUAAAGUGCCACUGGUACAGCUGUGAUGGCACCUGGGUUUUGCUGCAAAAAACCUAAAAGGCUCAGGGGUUAAAACAGCACAUUAUUCCUAAUCAAAACUGAAGCCAGGAAUCAAACACAACAAGGAGCUGAAUGCUGGGGGUUUGUUUUCAUCCUGACACUAAUCUCUGACAGUUACAGGUUAUUUACCCAGCACUAAUUCCUUUUGUUAACACUGACUUCUGCACAGACAAGAUGAAAGAAUGCCACUGACAUCACCAAACCUGAGGGGUUUAU